AAUUUUAGGGGAAAGGAAAUCGGGUCGGCGGUUGAAAGACUGGAAGUGUAUUCCGCACAGUCGCGGUGAUCCUCUGAGAGAGUGUGACGACGACGACGACGAUGACGACGAAGAAUAAGAAAGUGGUGUUCUUAGCUUGCUGGAUAUUCCUCGCGGCAGCAAUCCCAGCCUUUGAAACUAAAUCAGACGGCGUAGGCGAAUGGCAACUCCUGACAAAGCAAAAUUUCUCCUCCCAGAUCCGCCUCCACCCUCACAUCCUCCUCAUCGUCACUCUCCCAUGGUCGGGAGAAUCUCGAUCGCUCAUGAGAGAUGUGGCUCGAUUGGUUACCGAUAAUCAUGAAGAUUUCAGCUCAUUGAGAUUGAGGUUUAUGUACAGAAACGCAGAGAAGGUGUUGGCGGACGCCAUUGGAGCUGCCACGGAAGCAGAGGGAACAACAGUUUUGUACUAUCACAAUUCUGUGUCUUACAAGUAUGGCGGAAGACUUAGGGCGCAAAAUGUAUUGGCCUCGCUCCGUCCGUAUGUGGUGGUUGGACCAGAAGAGCUUCCGUUCAAGUCCCUGAAAACUCCGGAGAAAUUGAAAGAGUUCGUUGAUUCAACUGACAAAGCUUUGAUUCUGUUUGAGUUUUGCGAAUGGACUUCAAAAUUGCUUGCCAGGAGGAAGAAUAAUGGAACCGAUCGAAACGGUUUUGCUCUGCAAGGGAAUUUUCUUGGAUUCAACAUCAGCGGAGAGGCGAGUAGAUCACCAGCACACUUGGGGAAGACUAUCCAGAAGGUCGCGGGUAUUGAAAGUGCAAAGAUGUGCGGUGUUGAUUAUGGGCUUGGUGGUGUUCCUUGGCUUGGGGACUUCAGCUCGGUAAAUGACAGUGCUUCUUUUGUGGAGUCUGAGCAAAUGAGCUCAUUCUGUAAUCGUGAAGAAUAUCAGCUGUUUGACUCUUUCCUCUCGAAGUUCACAACCGUUGCACGGGAGUUCUUUCUACCUCCUGAAAGGUAUAAAUUUGGUCUGGUCUCAGAAAGAUCGAUGCUCUCAACUUUUGGGAUUGAAGAUUCCAGUACAUGGUUGGCAGUCCUGUACUUAUCUGGAUGCCCCGGUUGUUCAAAGAUUAUUAAGAAAGAGGAGGACCUCAAAAAUGCUUUACAGAUGGAUAAUUUGGUUGUUACGGAGUUAGAAGGUCUUGGAAACACUUUGAAGCCUUCUUUACCUGCAAACCAACCAUCAGCACUCCUAUUUGUGGAUAGAUCAUCUGACUUGUCAGAGACUAGAAUAAAAUGUAAGAAAGCUCUUGAUUCUUUUCGAGAGCUGGCACUGCACUAUCAUAUUUCACGCCAAAGUGGUGGGCAAUAUGGAGACAAGUCUGAGAAACCCUCGGUCCAAGAUUAUCAAGCAUUAAGGAGUACAUCUGGAUAUCCAAAACUAAAGUUGUCUCAGACAAUCAAAUUAAAAGACAAAACGUCUACUUUCAUGAUUGUAAAUGAAGGAAAACAAGUCACUUUGGAUAAUAUAGCUUUGGAUCUACAGGGUGGUUCCUUGAAGGAGAUCUUGGAUAUCGUACUUAAGCAAAAGAACAAAGCUAAAUUAAGCUCGCUUGCAAAAGAGUUAGGUUUCCAACUUUUAUCAGAUGACAUGGACAUCAAGUUAGUGAAUACAUUGCCAGUGCAGAAAGAACUUCAGUCUGAUCAACUUACAGAAGAGCUGUCUAAGGAAGGCCUUGUGACAAGUAGUGUUAACUCAGACAAGGAUCAAUUGCCACACAGGACUAGUGUAUCUGCUGAAGAGCAUCUGGAAACUUCCGAAGUCACAGAUUCUGAAAUCUUUUCUCAGACUGAUGAAGAGAAAACAGCAUAUGUUGGUACAAGUAAGCAGUUCUUAUCUGCAGAUAGUGAACAACAUCUUGCAGAUCAUAAACUUGAUAGUACUGAAGAUAUAAAGGUCGAUGAAGAAAGUUCUUCACAGGAAGACAAAUCAGGGGAGCAACAGCUUCGCUUUCAAGGUUUUGAGGGCUCUUUUUUCUUUUCUGAUGGUAAUUAUCGAUUACUUAAUAGUCUCACUGGUGGAUCAAAAAUUCCUGCCUUGGUGAUAGUUGAUCCCAUUGCCCAGCAACAUUUUGUCUUCUCAGAAGAGACUGAUCUUAGCUAUUCUUCACUGGCUAAUUUUCUUUCUGGGUUUGUUAAUGGAAGUCUUCUUCCAUAUCAACAGUCUGAAUCUGUUCUUCAAAGCUCUAGGGAGGCCACUCAACCACCAUUUGUUAAUCUAGAUUUUCGUGAAGUGGAUUCUGUCCCUCGAGUUACAAGUCGUACCUUCAUCAAGCAGGUGAUUGGGUUUAAUCAAUCUGACACUGACGCUUGGAAUAAGGAUGUCUUGGUCCUUUUUAGCAAUAGAUGGUGUGGAUUUUGCCAGAGAAUGGAAUUGGUUGUUCGUGAAGUAUAUCGGGCUAUGAAGGACUAUAUUAAGAUGCUGAAAAGUGGAUCAAAGAAUGAGAAAACAAGGUUUCACGAUGGUGACUUGAAGGAUGAAAUGCUGAAGCUUCCAUUAUUAUACUUGCUUGACUGCACCUUGAAUGAUUGCAGUGUGAUAUUGAAAUCAAUGAAUCAGCAGAGGGAAGUUUAUCCUGCUCUGCUGCUCUUUCCAGCUGAAAAGAAGAAUGCUGUCCUUUAUGAAGGGGAUAUGGCAGUCACUGAAAUCUUCAAGUUUAUGGCCGAUCAUGGAAGUAACUCGGAUGAUCUUAUCAGUGAGAAGGGAAGCUUAUGGACUGUAGCAAAAAAGUGGGGAAGGAAUCAAAAUUUAUUUAAGGUCCAGUCUUCUGACAUUCACGAGGGAGCUCCCUUUGAAAAGGACACACUUCAUGAAAUACUUUUAACACAGACGCAUAAACAAGGCAUUAGAGACAAUCAGCCCGAAUCACACACAUCACAAGGUUUGCAGGAAGCAGCCCUGCGUGUGGUGACCGGUUCCACUUUAGUUGCUACUGAUAAACUUCUUACUGUACAUCCCUUUGAUAAAUCAGAGGUCCUUAUCGUCAAGGCAGAUCGAGUUUCUGGAUUUGAAGGUCUGAUUAUUAACAAGAAUAUCAAAUGGGAUGUUCUUCUUGAAUUGGACAAAGGGCUGGAGAUGCUAUCUGAGGCUCCUCUGUCUUUUGGAGGACCACUUAUAAAGGUUGGAAUGCCUCUUGUCGCAUUAACUCGAAGAUUUGUUAUGAAUGAGUAUCCGGAAGUCCUGCCGGGUGUUUACUUUCUUGAUCAAUCAGCAACAUUUCGUAAAGUCGAAGAGAUCAAGUUAGGAAAUCAAUCUGUCAGCGACUACUGGUUUUUCUAUGGGUAUUCAAGUUGGGGUUGGGACCAACUCUUUGAUGAGAUUGCUGAAGGAGCUUGGGACUUGAGUGAUGAUGGUACGAGGCAUUUAGAUUGGCCAUCGGGUUGACAGUUUUUCGACGUGAUAGAGUUUUCGGAGCAUCGCACAGAGGAAAUUGGUUGAGCAAGCGCUGAAGGAGGUUUUAGAGAGAAAUAGGUCUGCACACAAAACAAUUUGACAUGUUUGUAACAUCUUACGUGCAAAAUACUGUAAAAAUAUUAGAAUUUUUAGUUCAUUAUGUUACUAAUCGAACUACAGGCUUGACUUGGAUGUAACAUUCAUGAGAAUUUAUUUAUAUAGAAAACCCUCAUGAGAAUUUAAUC